ACAGCAGACGACAAUCCGAAAGAUACAAGAGAGGAGUUGAUUCAUAUCUUCUCCUUAUGUUUUUAAACAAAAUUUGAUCAAAUAAGUCGGGAAAAUAAAAAAGUUUUGAAUAAGUAUUAGUCUGUUUUCAAAAUAAGAGCUUAUUUUUCAUUUUGCCUAAUUUUCCAUAAAGUAGUGGGGGUUUUACUUCUUUUACAUGCCAGAGUAACAGCUGGCUUUUUGUUUUGAUUUUAGAUUAUUAUAAUUAACGAUUAUAAUGAAUUAAAAGUAAUUAGAAAAAUAUGGAGUAUACAAAGUGAUUAGUUAAGAACAAUACUUUGCGUAAUGCACAGUCGUGGCGGACGUGGGUAUAUAAUUUCAAAUUAAAUGCCGGUCUGAAGUGAAAUUGUUGAUCCGACAAGUUUUUAUAAACACUGAAGUUUUUAAUAAAUUUAUCAAAAUGAUUGGAAUGCGAAUGAAUGCAUUUAACGAUACGGGCACAGGAGAACCCGAGCAGGAUGCAAAUUCGGCUCUUAUCGAACUUGAUAAAGGAUUACGCUCAAACAAAAUUGGGGAACAAUGCGAGGCAAUCGUCCGUUUCCCCAGACUUUUUGAGAAAUACCCCUUUCCGAUUUUGAUAAACUCUCUGCUACUAAAACUGGCAGAUGUCUUUCGAAUGGGAAGCAAUUUCCUGCGAGUUUGGGUCCUCAGAGUCUGUCAGCAAAGUGAGAAGCACUUGGAUAAAAUUCUGAAUGUAGACGAAUUCGUCAGAAGAAUAUACAGCGUUAUUCAUUCCAAUGAUCCCGUCGCCAGGGCUCUCACCCUCAGGACUUUGGGAAGCGUAGCAGGAAUCAUUCCUGAACGUCAACAGGUCCACCACAGUAUUCGAAGGUCUUUGGACUCUCAUGACUCCGUCGAAGUCGAAGCUGCUAUUUAUGCAGCGCAGAUGUUUGCAGCACAGUCAAAAUUGUUUGCCGUUUCAAUGUGCAGCAAAAUUUCCGACAUGAUCAGAGGCCAAGCCACUCCUGCUUCCAUGAAAUUGCAACUCAUACCGAUUCUGCAGUACAUGCAUCACGAUACUUCUACUGCUUCAAUGGUUAACGAAUUGUGUAUGGAGUUGCUUGGAAGUUACCCAGCAGUCGAAUUCGUACGAGUGACUCUGAGUGCUUUAACGACCUUAGCCUCUGCAACUUUAAUAGAUGUUCCCGCCCAAGUGGGUUUACUCUUACGAUAUUUACAUGACGAUCCGAGAAUGUCGAUUAAAAGACACGCAUUGCAUCAGUUGCAUUCUCUGGCGCAAAAAGGCGCGCAUCUCUGGCCUCAAGGCGCUCUCACAAAUUUAAUUGACAGUACAACCAUUCUUUUGCAAGAGGGAGCAGCAAAUACGGAUCUUCUGGUUCGGACUUUGGAUGUGAUAGAGGUUUUAAGUCAAAGUGCAGUAACUUGUGAUGCAAAUAAACUAGAAGGCAGUCCUCUUCUAUCACUUUGCCUUAAUGCUUGUUAUUCACCCAAUCCUAUUGUGGCUGUAAAGGCCGUGACAAUUCUUGCAAGGAUCGCUUGUUACUGUUAUGAAGAAGAUUUGCAAGAAAAGAAAGCACUUUCGAAUACAAGAAUAGAAGAAGUGAUUUCCUGUCUAGAAUCUCUAAUUAUGCUUUUAGCCCUAGAUGAGAAAUACCUCUAUCAAUUAAAAGUCUGUCUACGGUCUACGGUAAAGCUUUGCCAAGCGCAGAGGAGUCACUGUCCCGAAUUUGUCGAUGCUAUCGGAUCUACUUUGAUUAGUGAAAACUCGGAUAACAGACAGAGUGAUAAUCAAACUGUGGCCUUGUGCGAAGCUUUGGGAGCAAUUGGAAGUCUUGGAGAAAAUAUCCUUCUUCCUCUUUUACCAGAUAUUCUGGCGAAAUUGAAAGUCACGACACACGUCCAUACGAAGUCAAUGCUGUGUACUCUCCUCUUCCAAAUGAUUGCCUGUGGCUACGAAUGGAACCCAGAAUGUCUAGAGGCCAUAGAAAAUGUCAUAAAAAAUGUCGAUGGUUGGGCAAAAUACCGAAUCGCUCGAAGUGCUGCCCGAUACGGACAUCAUGGAAUUGCAACCCGUAUAUUUAAAGAUUUAAAAGAAGCUGUCGCCUCCGAACAACUUCAUUUUUGGCUUUCAGGAUUGGAACUCGUCACGAGUGCCGAAGCUUAUUUGAUGGAAGACAUCGAGGAAAAUAGCUUCACCGAGAAGAGCGGUAUCGUCGAGAAACUAAACGGGGCAAUUUCACGUUAUGCGAGUGCUUGUGCUUCUUUAAAAGCUGCUAGCACACCCCAUCGCAGUCUUCAAUUUCGAGGGGAAUACGCGAAACUUCGCUGCGAAUUCCUACAAGCUUUGGCCCAACUUUUACAUUCUUGCAGGUCAUUGUGCACUGCACCUCCGUAUGCAAUCGCAGCUCAUGAAGCUCUCACCAUGAAAGACGAUCUUCAAAGAUAUGGACGAGUCACAGUUCAGCUCAGAAAAUCGGUGCAAGAGUUUAAAAACUGUGCUGAGAAUUAUCAGAAGCUUUACGAAUCAGCUUUCGACGCCGAUCCUGAGUCUCUAGACAACAUUCGAGCUCUGCAGGAAAUGUGUCAGUUGAUGGCAAACAGUGCAGAACAGGUUUGUGGAAAACCAACGGGAAUUUCUCUCUUCCAACAAAACGAGGGAGAAUUUAAUUUUGGCGACACCGUAGAAAUGCGCCAACUCGCUCGCUGUUGCACAAAAUUGAGGCAACUCGCUCCCACGUGUGAAACGUUGAAUGACAAAGGGGGAAUCACCCACGUGAGGGUUAAAUGCCUAGUUGCUCAGGUGACUUUGUUAGCUGGAGGAAAAAUGAGACUGCCGAUACCUCGUUACUUCUUCCAGUCCUUGCAAACAACAAGUGUGAAGCUGUCAGUCUCUCCACAACCCAGGGUUUUGGGAGAACCUGUUUCCGUUCCUCAGGGAAGUCAAUUGGCACUGAAAGUCGAAGGUGUUUUGAGACAUGGACCCAGGCCUUAUUUGUAUCGUUCCGUUAGUGCUGUUCGAAUUUCGAUUUCUUCGACACCUCCUUCUAAAAUCAAUUCGGAUCAGAAGGAUACUAGCAUCAACGAGUUGCAGCAAACGGUGAUACCUCAUCGAGACUUUUUCGCCUGUGAAUUUCUCCUAUCGCUUGGAAGUCCACUUGCAAGUGCAAAUAGUUGUGCGGGUAUUUCAGGAGGUGGAGGGCAAUAUCAGGUAACUGCGAGUGCAAGUUUGGUGGAUAAAAGUGGUAAUGUUUGGAAGUGCGGACCACGAUCUACUCUUCAAGUUAAAGUCCACGAAGAACCUACAAAACGAAAAUUACCUUGAUUAGUAAGUAAUGAUUGAUUUCAUUGAGGAUAAUAUUGACGACCAUUUUUAUUUGAAAUUAUUUUUAUUACAAAUGAAGAAUACAUUAUUGUAAAAUGUUUACAGUAUACGUUAAAUGUAUUCUAAGAAAUUGUAUACAUUUUUGAGCAAAUGUGUCCUAAUAAUGCAGUUCACAUUUCUGUAAUCGGAAUGUUUGUACAUGUACAGUGACAAAAAUUUUGUAACAAAAUAAGUGCUCUUUGUAAAAUAAAAUAUAAUAAAAAGU